GUUUGUUUAUGGCAUGUACAUGUGCAAGGUAGCAAAUCAAAAUACAUGACUGAAAAUAAGAGGGGAAUAACAGUUUGAGUUCCAACCUUUCAUUCUUUUCACUCCUAAGAGUAAACGUUAUUAAGGAAACAAUGAAAGUAGUCGCGUUGAUAAGCGGUGGCAAGGACAGCUGCUAUAACAUGAUGCAGUGUGUUGCAGCUGGGCACAAGAUUGUGGCUCUUGCCAAUCUGCGGCCUGCAGAAAAUAUAGAUGAAUUAGACAGUUAUAUGUACCAGUCAGUGGGACAUCAGGCCAUUGACCUCCAUGCAGAAGCCAUGGGUCUCCCCCUGUAUCGACGCACCAUUGAGGGGACCAGUCUGGAUGUUGGGAGGGAGUACAGCCAGAGAGACGGGGAUGAAGUGGAAGACCUGUACCACCUCCUUAAGCUUGUCAAGGAGAAAGAAGGAGUUGAAGCCGUGUCUGUGGGGGCCAUUCUGUCAGACUACCAGAGGGUCCGGGUGGAAAACGUGUGCGUGCGUCUCCAGCUCCAGCCCCUGGCCUACCUGUGGCGCCGCGACCAGGAGACGCUGCUCCGAGAGAUGAUAUCAUGUGACCUCCACGCCCUUAUCAUCAAAGUGGCGGCUUUCGGGCUGAAUCCUGAGAAGCAUUUAGGGAAAUCUUUGGCUGAAAUGGAGUCGUAUCUUAAACAGCUAUCUCGGAAGUAUGGAGUUAAUGUUUGUGGUGAGGGAGGGGAGUAUGAGACUUUUACCUUAGACUGCCCUCUGUUUAAGAAGAAAAUUGUAAUAGAUGCCAUGGAAACAGUGGUCCAUUCAGCAGAUGCCUUUGCCCCAGUUUGCUAUCUGCGGUUCUUGAAGAUGCAUGUAGAAGACAAAAUCAGUAACUCCUUGGAAAGUGGUUUGCCUCUUGAUAGUUGUCCUUGCCUACAUUCCACUGACAAGAUGACUGAAGAGCCUGAAUAUGCUGAUGAAGCUGAAGACACCCAGCGAGAAUUUACAUCAGAGUCUGACCUUAAAUGUCAGGGAGACUCUGAGCCCUCUCCUACAUGUUCAACGAGAACAGCACUGGGGUAUCAGUGGAUCUGUGGCAUCGUCGGGCUUCACUGUGACCAACCAAACAUUCAGACCCAAACAAAGCAAGCAUUUGCAUUGCUGCAAGAUGAAGUGGAGAAGAAGGGCUUGCAGUUGAAGCAUAUUGUCCUGGUUCAUUUGUAUGUGCGCUGUAUGGAAGACUUCAGUGCAGUGAACUCAGUGUACCGGUCGUACUUUGGUAUUAAUCCCCCAGCCAGAGUGUGCGUGGAGGCGCCCUUACCCAGGGGACAGCUGCUCCGGAUGGACUGUCUCCUUCACGACUGGGUGGGAGCUGCGCUGGAUGACACGGCUCGUCAUAAACACGUUCUGCAUGUCCAGAGCCUGUCCCACUGGGCCCCAGCCAACAUUGGGCCAUACAGUCAGGCCGUCGAGGUAGAUGAGAUGGUGUUCUGUGCUGGACAGAUUGCCCUGGUCCCUUGCACCAUGCAGCUGGUGCGGGGUGCAGCUCAGAGCCAGGCCUCUGUCUCCUUCGGCCACAUGGAGAGGGUCCUGGAGGCCAUGAGCAGUGAUCUAACCCUGUGGCACGCACUGCAGCCCCACUGCUAUGUCACCCGCAGCAAAGACAUACCCAUCGUCAAAGCAGCCUGGGAGAGAAAGCUGAGAGACCUACGCAGCAAGGAGGAAUGCUACGGUGAAGAGGACGCUCAGUGUGGACCCCUAGUGGUGGCCGUGGUGCCACGCCUGCCCAGGGGCGCCGCGGUCGAGCUGCACGUCAUCGCCACCCGCGACGACCCCAGCCAGAGGACCUCUUGGCGGGCGACCGCCCAGGUGCCCGCCGGCGCCGUCGAGUGCCAGGUGCUACAGUCCAGCACGCGGCAGUGCGCCACAGUGUCGCUGUCCCUCGGCCUGCCGGGCUCCGCCCCCGGCGCGGCGGGAGGGGCGGAGCUGCUGCAGGCGCUGCGCGGUGUGUUCCAGGACGCGCUGCAGGAAGUGGGACGCGGGCCCUCCCCGCUGUGCGCCAGAGUCUUCUACAAGCAGGACAGCGCCCUGGCCCGACAGCUUGCAGCAGGUAAACCGCCGCUGACCCAGCUCCGCUCACCUGUGCUGCGCUACCAUAAUCACCUUGUGCAGCAGAAUCCUUCUGUAUCAACACCUGACCUGGUGGAUUCUCUUGUGUCCUGUGGAUUAGUGUAUGUUAUGAGCCCUCCAGUUCUUUUGCCGUCGUUGCAUUUUUCUCUGCUGCUCUUUCUUUCUGACAGAGUCAUACGAGACUCUGAUUCUUCAUGUAGCCAGAAAGAAUACACCAUUGUGUUACUUUGUCCCGAGAGAUCACUUCUGUCCUUAAAAAGGACAACCAAGUCGUUCAUCACCAAGACAUAAUUGUUGUGUCCUCCUCAAAACAAUCAAUUAGUGCUUUGAAUCCCUGCCAAGCUAGGGAUUUUGCAAGCAUUUUCAGCCUCAGUAUAACCUAUUAUUAUGGUGGAAAUUAAAUUAUGGUUUUGAUGAAUAGGAACUAGAGUGGUUUGGCCAUUUGUUUGGAUGCAUGCUACCCAUUUCUUUAUUUAUUAAAUUAUUUCAUCUUAAUGCGCCUUGGUUUGUCCUUACAGUAUUUUCAAGAGAUACAGAAACCCACAGUGAGCUUCACACCAUUUAGUUCGAAAUGAGUGCGGCUGUGAAAGUUCCAGUGUGUUAUUUUGCGUUUAACUCAGCCUUAUUUGACACAGCCGUGGUAGGAGGCUGUCCUCAAAGCUGACCUCACACACAGUGCUGUGGUUCCUUUGAGAACAAUGUGUUACGACCAAACCAAAUAUUUUCAUUGCUCUCAUUUAAAUAUAAAAAGCUUAUGAAAGUCAAUGAUUAA